AUGACUAAGUCUGAGGAUAGCAUUAAUAGCUUUACUAAACCUGAUAUUCACGAUGAAACUGAAAGGUCAAGUAUUUAUAAAUAUCAAUCAACAGCAGUAAUAACUGAUGAACAAGAUAUUAAUAGUGAAUUACCAUCAAAUAAUUUACAACAUGCUGUAAAAUCUUUUGGAGUUAGAAAAUCAGAAAUUAUGAAUUCUCAAUAUAAAAGUACAAUUGCAAGAAUUAUAUUUUUUAUAUGUAUAUUUUUGGAAGGUUAUGCUUAUGGAUUAGAUUUUAUUAUAAAGGGAAAUUUACAAGUUUAUGCUACAUCAUCAUAUAAUCAACAUUCAUUAUAUGCUACUAUUGGAGUUAUGCAAUCUGUUGCAAGUGCAGUUGGUCAACCAUUUUUUGCGAGAGUAUCAGAUAGAUUUGGUAGAUUAGAAUUAUAUUUAAUAUGUUUAUUAUUUCAUGUUGUUGGUACUAUUUUACAAUCUCAAGCUCAUAAUAUUCAAAUAUUUGCAGCUGGUGCUGUUAUUUAUACAGUUGGAGUAACUGGUUUAAUUACAAUUAGUUUAAUUCUUAUGGCUGAUAUGAGUAAUUUAAAUUUUAGAUUAUUUGUAAAUUAUAUUCCUGGUAUAAGUUUAAUUAUAAAUACUUGGGUAAGUGGUGAUAUUGUUUCUGCUAUAAUUACAAAUUAUUCAUGGCAAUGGGGUAUUGCAAUGUGGGCUUUUAUUACUCCAUUAGCUUGUUUACCUUUAAUUUAUUGUGUUGGAUUGUUUUGUGUGACUGUUAUAUUAGGAUUUAUCUUGGUACCAAUUACAUUAGCUGGUGGUGUUAAAUCAAAAUGGCAAGAAGCUUCAACUAUAGUUCCAUUAAUAAUUGGUAUAAUUUUCAUUCCAAUUUUUAUUAUUUGGGAAGCUAAAUUUAUUUCAACUCCUUUAUUACCAUUUGCUUUAAUGAAAGAUAGAGGUGUUUGGUCUGCUUUUUUAAUUGUUAUAUUUGUUAAUUGUAUUUAUAUGUUACCAAAUGAUUUUAUGUUUACUGUUUUAGUAGUUGGUAUGAAUGCUAGUAUAAAAGCAGCUACAAGAAUUUCUCAAUUAUAUUCAUUUGUUACAUGUAUUGUUGGUCCAAUUCUUGGUUUAAUUGUAGUUAAAGUUAGAAGAUUAAAAGCUUUUAUUAUAUUUGGUUGUUGUAUGUAUGCAAUAUCUUUAGGUAUUUUAUUUCAUUUUAGAGGUUCAAAUGAUGGGAUUGAAAGUCAAAAAUAUUUAAAUGGAGUUAUUGGUGGAUUAUGUUUAAUGGGGUUCGGAGCUGGUUUUUUCCAUUUUGCAACUCAAGUUAGUAUUGUUUCAGUUACAAGUCAUGAAUAUAUGAGUAUAUUAAUUUCAAUUCAUUUAGCAUGUUAUUAUGUUGGAGCUGCAAUUGGGAAUGCAAUUAGUGGAGCAAUUUGGUCAAAUAAAAUGCAUGAAUUAAUCUUGAGUAAUAUGGAAGAUAUGAAUAUUUCAAAUUCAACAAUAUUAGCAACUUAUGCAUAUGGUGCACCAUUUGAAUUUAUUUUAGAAAAUUUUUGGGGUACUCCAGAAAGAAUUGCAGUAGUUAGAUCAUAUGCAGAAGUUCAAAAAUAUCUUUGUAUUGCAGGUUUAGUUAUGUGUGGUCCUUUAAUUAUUUUCCCAUUUUUAUCAAGAGAUCAUAAAUUAGAAAGUGUUCAAUCAUUAGAAAUGAAUAAAGAUCAUGAAAAACAAGGUAUUAAACAAAACGGUACUGCUAUUGUUAAUGAUUAUGAUGAUGAUCCAAUUCUUGAAUUUUUUAAAAAGUUAGGUAGAAUUGUUUUUAGAAGAAUCUUGAAGAAAUAA